AUGUCCACCGUGCGAGCACAGAACCUACAGGAUUUGAUUUACAAGCGUGGACAGGCCGGUGUUACUAAAGCGAGCGUUACAAUCGUUUUUGAUAACUCCGACAAGGCAAAAAGUCCUAUGAACUACCAAGAUUUUGCGCAAAUCAGUGUUACAAGACAGAUUGUAUUAGGUGGAUUGAGCAAAUACCUCAUCAACGGUUCACGAACCCAGCAGCACGUUGUCCAAACCCUCUUCCAAAGUGUUCAGCUAAACAUCAAUAAUCCCAACUUCCUCAUUAUGCAGGGGCGUAUCACAAAGGUGCUCAAUAUGAAGCCAACGGAAAUCUUAUCCAUGAUUGAGGAAGCUGCCGGGACAAGAAUGUUUGAGGACAGGAGGGACAAGGCAUUGAAAACCAUGGCAAAGAAAGACAAAAAGGUUGACGAAAUCAACGACCUGCUAAAGGAGGAGAUCGAGCCCAAGCUUGAAAAACUACGUAUGGAAAAGCGAGCCUUUUUAGAUUUCCAGCAAACCCAGAGCGAUUUGGAACGCUUAACUAAGAUUGUUGUUGCUCACGAUUACCUCAAAAAUCAGGAAAAAGUAAAUCGCUCAGCAGCAGAUCUAGAAUCUAAGAAACAGCGGGGGAAAGAUCUUGAGGAGUCAGCUAAGCGAUUAAAGUUCGAGAUUGAGAACUUAGCUGAAGAUAUUAAGAUGGUCAAAGGCCAACGAGAAAAGGAACUUCGAAAAGGAGGGAAAUUUCAGGCACUUGAGGACGAAGUCAAGGAAAAAUCCCACGAAGCUGUUCGAUUAACAACCGUACUCGACUUGAAAAUUACGAGCAUAAAAGAGGAAGUCAAGAAACGCAAGGAGAUAGAGAAGAAUGUUAGAGAGUUGGAGAAGUCGCUACAGGAAAAAUCGAGGCUGUACGAUGGCCUGAAGGAGGCGUACGACGCAGCCAAGACGGAGUUUGAUGCGUUGAACAAUGAGUCUGAGAAAAAAGAGGAAUUGCUACAGACCUUGUUAACCGGUGUUGCUUCAAAAGAAGGACAGGAGAAUGGGUACCAGAAUCAGUUGCAAGAUGCGAAAAACCGAGUUAGUGCUGGGGCGACAGAACAGCAACAGGCAAAACUUAAGAUAACUCAUUUAGAGAAACGAAUAAAAGAGGAGGAACCAAGGGCAAAAAAGGCAAAGGAGCAGAACGCCAGUCUCUAUAAAGAACUCGACGGUCUCCGGGCAGCAGCAAAAAGUAUUGAAGCAGAGCUGAGCAACCUAGGGUUUGAGGGCGGUACUGAGGGCGAUAUGUACAAACAGGAAGCCUCAAUUCAAGAUAGGAUCCGGGAGCUCAGAGAAGAAGCGGAUGGAUUGAAACGACGAGUAGCCAAUGUCGACUUCAAUUAUGCAGAUCCUUCACCAAACUUUGAUCGUUCAAAGGUCAAAGGCUUGGUUGCGCAGCUCUUUACACUAGAUCAAGAUAAGGAGGAAGCUGGAACUGCUCUUGAGAUUACAGCAGGUGGAAGACUAUACAAUGUUGUAGUUGAUACUGAGGUCACAGGAACCCAGUUGCUGCAAUAUGGAAAACUAAGAAAAAGAGUAACAAUCAUUCCACUCAACAAGAUUGCGGCUUUCAGGGCUUCUGCCGAGAAAAUUGCUACAGCGAAGCGCCUUGCUCCUGGCAAGGUUCACCUUGCGCUAUCCCUCAUUGGGUACGAUGACGAGAUCUCUGCUGCCAUGGAGUACGUUUUUGGUUCCACUCUAAUAUGCGCCGAUGCCGAGACCGCGAAACGUGUUACUUUUGAUCCUAACGUCCGAAUGAAAUCCGUAACUGUCGAGGGUGACGUUUAUGAUCCCUCAGGAACCCUGUCCGGAGGUUCUGCGCCAAACUCAAGUGGUGUAUUGGUCACUCUUCAAAAACUGAAUGGACUGAAUAGACAAAUAACUGUUGAGACUGGACAGCUGAAUGAAUUGCAACAAUUCAUGGCAAGAGAGAAGAAAAAACUAGAUAUGAUGAAGAGACUGAAACAGGAGCUGAAUUUGAAAAACCAUGAGAUUGUAUUAACGGAAGAACAGAUCAAUAGCAAUUCUUCGUCUGAUAUCAUUCAAGCUGUAGAAGAAAUGAGAGUUAGUAUUCAUCAACUCAAACAAGAUAUUGUGGAUGCAAAGACCAGACAAGAUCAGGCCAAAGCAGACGCAACAAGGAUCGAAAACGAUAUGAUUGAAUUCAAGAAUAAUAAGGGUGGCAAGCUUGCGGAACUGCAAAACUCUGUGGCGGAUUUAAAAAAGAAAGUGGCCAAACAGUCACAAGAAAUGAAGGCCAUGCAAAAAGAAUUCCAGACUGCUCAACUUGAGACCGAACAGACGGGGGGAGAUCUCGCGACAGCUCAAGAACAGCUUGAGGAAGCCGAUACUGCCCUAAAAGCCCAACAGGAGGAAGUGACACAGCUUAAAAGAGAACAAGCUAAAGUCAAAGAUCUUCACGACAUAGCUCUCGCACAUCUUGAGGAUGAGCGUGCCAAGCUCACUGGUUUUGAUGAAGAGCUUCGAUCGCUUGAGGAAGCCACCCGAGCAAAAAACGCACGUAUUGCGGAGGAAGCCUUGGAGAAACAGAAGCUUGGCCACGAGAUCGAAAGAUUUCACAAAGAUCAGCAGACCGCCAAUGAUAUAGUAUCUCACAUGGAACGUGAACACGAAUGGAUCGAAGACGAGAAAGAAAACUUUGGCCGUUCAGGAACGCCUUAUGACUUCAACGGACAAAACAUCAAAGAAUGCCGGUCUUCGCUGAAAACCCUCACUGAGAGGUUUCAGGGGAUGAAGAAAAAGAUCAAUCCAAAGGUUAUGAACAUGAUUGAUUCUGUUGAGAAGAAAGAAGUUGCGUUAAAAACUAUGUUAAGGACAGUUGUCAAGGAUAAGCGCAAGAUUGAGGAGACUAUCCAGAGUUUAGACAAAUAUAAGAAGGAAGCACUUCAUAAAACCUGGCAGAAAGUUACCGGCGAUUUUGGUAGCAUUUUUGCGGAACUUUUACCUGGGAGUUUCGCAAAGUUGGAGCCUCCGGAAGGGAAGGAAGUCAGCGAUGGUUUGGAGGUCAAGGUGAGCUUGGGUAAGGUGUGGAAGCAGAGCUUGAACGAGUUAAGUGGCGGUCAACGCUCCCUCAUUGCGCUCUCCCUGAUCAUGGCGCUGCUCCAAUUUAAACCAGCACCAAUGUAUAUCCUUGACGAAGUGGAUGCAGCACUGGAUCUUUCGCACACGCAGAACAUUGGUCGGUUGAUUAAGACCCGAUUUAAGGGAUCUCAAUUUAUCGUCGUCAGUUUGAAGGACGGGAUGUUCCAAAACGCAAAUAGGAUAUUUAAAACCCGAUUCGUUGACGGAACCUCUGUCGUACAGACUAUGUAA